AUGAUUGUAAAACAUGAGAAAAAAGAGCACCAUAAAAAGAUUCUCCAGGGGCUUAAUCCCACAAGGAAAAGUAAUCCUUCAACUUGUCGAAAAAUCUCUAGCCAAAAGAUCAGGUCUGAAUUCAAAGAAAUAUCGGUUGGUCGAAAAAAAUCUCUAGCAAAAGAUCAGUCUGAAUUCAAGAAUAUCAUGUCGAAAUCUCUAGCAAAAGAUAAGUCUGACUUGAAGAAUUAUCAGUGUCGAAAAAUCUCUAGCAAAAAGAUCACAAAAGAUAAGUUUGAAUUCAAGAAUAUCGGUGUCGAAAAAUCUCUAGCAAAAAAUCAGUCUGAAUUCAAGAAUAUCAGUGUCGAAAAAUCUCUAGCAAAGGAUCAGUCUGAAUUGAAGAAUAUCAGUGUCGAAAAAUCUCUAGCAAAAGAUCAGUCUGAAUUGAAGAAUAUCAAUGUCGAAAAAUCUCUAGCAAAAGAUCAGUCUGAAUUCAAGGAUAUCGGUGUCGAAAAAUCUCUAGCAAAAGAUCAGUCUGAAUUCAAGGAUAUCGCAAAAGAUCAGUCUGAAUUCAAGAAUAUCAGUGUCGAAAAAUCUCUAGCAAAAGAUCAGUCUGAAUUCAAGGAUAUCGGUGUCGAAAAAUCUCUAGCAAAAGAUCAGUCUGAAUUCAAGAAUAUCAGUGUCGAAAAAUCUCUAGCAAAAGAUCAGUCUGAAUUGAAGAAUAUCAAUGUCGAAAAAUCUCUAGCAAAAGAUCAGUCUGAAUUGAAGAAUAUCGGUGUCGAAAAAUCUCUAGCAAAAGAUCAGUCUGAAUUCAAGAAUAUCGGUGUCGAAAAAUCUCUAGCAAAAGAUCAGUCUGAAUUCAAGAAUAUCAGUGUCGAAAAAUCUCUAGCAAAAGAUCAGUCUGAAUUGAAGAAUAUCAGUGUCGAAAAAUCUCUAGCAAUAGAUCAGUCUGAAUUGAAGAAUAUCAAUGUCGAAAAAUCUCUAGCAAAAGAUCAGUCUGAAUUCAAGGAUAUCAAGAGUCGAAAAAGUAUUGCAAAAGAUCAGUCUGAAUUGAAGAAUAUCAGGGUUGAAAAAACUCUUACAAAAGAUCAGUUCGAAUACAAGAAUAUCAGAGUCGAAGAAAUUCGUGAAAGGUUAGUCUGA